UGCUCACAUAUAUUUCCAAUUUUUUUUAACAUUUAGUGUUAUUCUAAAUCUCGAACAGGGUAUAUCAUUACAAGUACUUAAAAACAAUGGAAGACGAAUAUACUUCGCCGAUAAAGAAGAUUUCGCCGUCUAAGGCAGAGGAAAAUUAUAAUGAUGAAAUGUUGGAAAAGACUGCAGUUAAACAUGCAGGAACGUUGUUUUUACUAAAAGAUGAAAUAGCACGUGGAAUAUCCGGUACGAGUUCUGACACCAUCAUACUUGUCAAUACGAUGCAAUCUGCUUUGGAUAAACAUGACUAUAUAAAAGGUAUGCCAUGUGACGAGUUGGUAAAACAAAUAUUCACCAUCAAACAGACUGACGCGAAAUAUGGCAAUUACCGGCCUUUUGGUGUGCACGUUUCGUACAUGGGUUCCGAUAUGCGCUUUUAUUAUGAAUUAUUUGAAUUCGAUUCAAAAGGCAAUAGUUAUAUUUGGAUGUAUACUGCUAUUGGGCAGAACUCUGAGACCGCAAAGUUCAUAAUGCGAGAAAAUGUCAUUAAAUCCGGUUAUCAAAUUGACUUAAAGCAAGCUAAAUUAUUGGCUUUAAAAGCAUUCAUUAGGGCCUUUAACCUCAUUAUAAUCACGGAGGAGUAUAUAGAUUUAAUGACUUUGAAGAGCGUUGAAGGCGAGAUUAUUGUAACCCAAACUUUGAAGGAAGAAAUGAGAGAGUUAGUCGAUUAUCUUGAGAAUGAUGUAAUUAGUCUCACGAAGUCGCAACGCCGUGUAAAUGAUAAACUUGCUGCAAUGAGAGACGGAGAGUUCUUUUUUUUCGAAAAGAGAAGGCCCAUAUGUUUUCAAUUAUUCAGCGAAGAUCCUCUUUUCAUGGACGUGGAACCAGAAGACGAGGAAGAAUUCUGCGAAGCUUUACGCCGCAUUAAAAUUAGUGACUUUUCAGAAUAUUUUCAAAAAGCUGCGAAAUUUGAUCCAGAUGCUUCCGAUUUGAGUGAAUAUCAGAUUUUCUUUAAAAACCAAAACAUUCUUUGUUCAACUCCGCAUGGUUCCAUAAGCGGUAGUUCAUGGCAGAGCGAAGACGAAUGGACUUUGCCGAUAAAGAAGAUUUCGCCGUCUAAGGCAGAGGAAAAUUAUAAUGAUGAAAUGUUGGAAAAGACUGCAGUUAAACAUGCAGGAACGUUGUUUUUACUAAAAGAUGAAAUAGCACGUGGAAUAUCCGGUACGAGAUAUGACAGCAUCAUACUUGCCAAUGCGAUGCAAUCUGCUUUGGAUAAACAUGUCUAUAUAGAAGGUAUGCCAUGUGACGAGUUGGUAAAACAAAUAUUCACCAUCAAACAGACCGACGCGAAAUAUGGCAAUUACCGGCCUUUUGGUGUGCACGUUUCGUACAUGGGUUUCGAUAUGCGCUUUAAUUAUCAAUUAUUUCAAUUCGAUUCAAAAGGGAAUAGUUUUGUUUGGAUGUAUACUGCUAUUGGGCAGAACUCUGAGAUUGCAAAGUUCAUAAUGCAAGAAAAUGUCAUUAAAUCCGGUUAUCAAAUUGACUUAAAGCAAGCUAAGUUAUUGGCUUUAAAAGCAUUCAUUAGGGCGUUUAACCUCAUUAUAAUCACGGAGGAAUAUAUAGGUUUAAUGACUUUGAAAAGCGUUGAAGGCAAGAUAGUCAUAACCCAAACUUUGAAGAAAGAAAUGAGAGAGUUAGUCGAUUAUCUUGAGAAUGAUGUAAUUAGUCUCACGAAGUCGCAACGCCGUGUAAAUGAUAAACUUGCAGCAAUGACAGACGGAGAGUUCUUUUUUUUCGAAAAGAGAAGGCCCAUACAUUUUCAAUUAUUCAGCGAAGAUCCUCUUUUCAUGGACGUGGAACCAGAAGACGAGGAAGAAUUCUGCGAAGCUUUACGCCGCAUUAAAAUUAGUGACUUUUCAGAAUAUUUUCAAAAAGCUGCGAAAUUUGAUCCAGAUGCUUCCGAUUUGAGUGAAUAUCAGAUUUUCUUUAAAAACCAAAACAUUCUUUGUUCAACUCCGCAUGGUUCCAUAAGCGGCAGUUCAUGGCAGAGCGAAAAAGGAUUUGAUGAAAGUGGUGAAACUUCCUCCAGCUUCUAACCGGAAUUUAGAGUUAUUUAGAGAACUUCUGCAUAUGUUUUAAGAGGAAAUCAUAAUCACAUAAUUUUCUAAUUUUUUUAACAAUAUUGUAAACAAU